AAAUAUUUCUUUUUUUUCCUAUUGUCAAUGGAGGAUUGGGUGGUGGAAAGCCUCUGCAAUGGCCAUAGAGAAUCGCAGAUUCAAGCGGCGUCUCAACUCAGUAAACUGAGUAGCAAACAAAGGCAUAGAUUGGCUGACACUGGGAUUAUUCCACCGUUGAUUUCAAUGCUUCAAUCACAAGAUUUUGAAGCCAUUGAAGCUUCUUUGUUAGCCCUUCUUGGCCUUGCAUUUGGCAGUGAAAGAAACAAAAUCCGGAUUGUAAAAUCUCGGAUUAUACCAGUGUUGUUAGAGCUUCUUCAAUGUGAAAGUGAAGAACUCGUUGAGCUUUCAAUGGCAGCAAUGUUGAUAUUAUCUUCUUGUAAACAAAACAAGUUGGUAAUUGCUUCAUCAGGGGCCAUCCAAUUACUGGUACAAAUCCUGAACGAUGUUAAUAAUACUCUCUUCAGUAUUCAAGCAAGGGUAGACGCCAUUGCAACACUCCAGAAUCUCUCAACUUGUCAUCAAAUAAUCCCAUUGAUUGCAUCUUCCGGUGCAAUCUAUACCUUGCUUCAACUCAUCCACGGUUACGAGAAAUCAUCGGACUUGACUGAAAAGGCGAUUUCAUUACUUGAAAGCAUCGUCUUUUCAUCGGAGGAUGCGGUUUCUGAGACGACCACAAUUGCCGGUGCGAUACGGAUCAUAGUUGAGGCGAUGGAAGAAGGUUCGCCGCAGUGCAAAGAACAUGCUGUUGGGAUCCUUCUUCAUAUAUGCCAAAGCUGUAGGGAUAGAUACAGAGGGUUGAUAUUAAUGGAAGGUGUAAUGCCUGGACUGCUUCAACUCAGUGUUGAUGGAACUUGGGGAGCCAAGAACAUGGCUAGGGAUCUGUUGUUUCUUCUCAGAGAUUGCACAGAUUACGCUUCAACGAGUAAACAGUCGAGACACGAACUUAUGGAGCAGAUUAUGCAGGCAAUCGAUGUUGAUGGAGAGAAGGUUGAUGGAACUACACUCAGACUGGUUCAAGAGAUGAUAAACAAGCUUAAUUUAUAAAUAUUUGUUGUUAUUAUUUAUUUUGUUUUAGGAUGAUUUCAGUUUAGCCUUUAGAAUUAUAGGCUUACUCAGGGCAAUUGAAAUGAAAUAUCUGUAAAUAAUAUUGGUAUAGGCCAUUGAAAGCUGUUUCCUUUU